AAGGAUCUGCAGGUGGAAGCAAAAUCUGGGGAUCAAGUGGUACCAAAGAGAAAGUGCAAAAGAAAAAGGGAAGCAAAAGGGAAGCAAAGGAAGGAACUGGUUGCCUGUCAGAGGAGAAAUAAGUCUGAGGUCUCAGCCCAAGAUGAAACAAGAAAGAGAUUAAGGCAUAGAAGUGCCAUGCAUCAGAAAGGGGUCAGCUGCAAAUUCAGCAUUAAAACUUAUCAGUAUGUUAUAACUUGCUGGAAAAGGUAUAAAUGCUUGGAAGGUAGAAGGAGCUUCCACUGGAGUAGUUCAAGAAUUAGGCAGCAAAGGAUUCACACAGGGGAGAAGCCAUAUAAAUGCUUGGAGUGUGGAAAGUCCUUUUCUCAAAGUGGCAACCUAACUAGACAUCAAAAGAUUCAUACAGGAGAGAAACCAUACAAAUGCUUGGAGUGUGGAAAGUGCUUCUCUCAGAAUGACAACCGAAUAGUACAUGAAAAUAUUUAUAUUGGGAAGAAACCAUAUAAAUGUUUGGAGUAUGGAAAGUGCUUCUCUCGGAAUGGCCACCUAACUACACAUCAAAAGAUUCACACAGGGGAGAAGCCAUAUAAAUGCCUGGAGUGUGGAAAGUCCUUCUCUCAGAAUGCACACCUAAUCACACAUCAGAAGAUUCAUACAGGGGAGAAGCCAUAUAAAUGCUUGGAGUGUGGAAAGUGCUUCUGUCGGAAUGCCUACCUAACUGUACAUCAAAAGAUUCACACAGGGGAGAAACCAUACAAAUGCUUGGAUUGUGGAAGGUGCUUCGCUCAGACUGGUCAACUAAGUGUCCAUCCAAAGAUUCACACAGGGGAGAAACCAUACAAAUGCUUGGAGUGUGGAAAGUGCUUCUGUCGGAAUGCCUACCUAACUGUACAUCAAAAGAUUCACACAGGGGAAAAGCCAUAUAAAUGCUUGAAUUGUGGAAAGUGCUUCUCUCGGAAUGACAGCCUUACUACACAUCGAAAGACUCAUACUGGGGAGAAGCCAUUUAAAUGCUUGGAGUGCAGAAAGUGCUUCUCUUGGAAAGCUUACCUAACUGCCCAUCAAAAGAUUCACACAGGGGAAAAGCCAUAUAAAUGCUUGAAUUGUGGAAAGUGCUUCUCUCGGAAUAGUGAACUAAUGCUACAUCAAAAGAUUCAUACAGGGGAGAAACCAUAUAAAUGCUUGGAGUGUGGAAAGUGCUUCUCUCGGAAUGCCUGCCUAACUAAACAUCAAAAGAUUCAUUCAGGAGAGAAACCAUAUAAAUGCUUGGAGUGCGGAAAGUGCUUCUCUCGAAAUGGCCACCUAACUACACAUCAAAAGAUUCACACAGGGGAGAAGCCAUAUAAAUGCCUGGAGUGUGGAAAGUGCUUCUCUCAAAAUAGCAACCUAAUCACACAUCAGAAGAUUCAUACAGGGGAGAAGCCAUAUAAAUGCUCGGAUUGUGGAAGGUGCUUCGCUCAGGCUGGUCAACUAAGUGUCCAUCAAAAGAUUCACACAGGGGAGAAACCAUACAAAUGCUUGGAUUGUGGAAGGUGCUUCGCUCAGACUGGUCAACUAAGUGUCCAUCAAAAGAUUCACACAAGGGAGAAACCAUACACAUGCUUGGAGUGUGGAAAGUGCUUCUCUCGGAAUGGUGAACUAACAGUACAUCAAAAGACUCAUACAGGGGAGAAACCAUAUAAAUGCGUGGAGUGUGGAAAGUGCUUCUCUUGGAAUGCCAGCCUUACUAGACAUCGAAAGACUCAUACUGGGGAGAAGCCAUAUAAAUGCCUGGAGUGUGGAAAGUGCUUCUCUCAAAAUAGCCACCUAAUCACACAUCUGAAGAUUCACACAGGGGAAAAGCCAUAUAAAUGCUUGGAUUGUGGAGAGUGCUUCUCUCGGAAUAGUGAACUAAUGCUACAUCAAAAGACUCAUACAGGGGAGAAACCAUACAAAUGCUUGGAGUGUGGAAAGUGCUUCUCUUGGAAUGGUGAACUAACUGUACAUCAAAGAAUUCAUACAGGGGAGAAACCAUAUAAAUGCUUGGAGUGUGGAAAGUACUUCUCUCAGAAUGCCUACCUAAAUUUACAUCAAAAGAUUCACACAGGGGAGAAACCAUAUAAAUGCUUGAAGUGUGGAAAGUACUUCUCUUGGAAUGGCAACCUAACUGCCCAUCAAAAAACUCACACAGGGGAGAAGCCAUAUAAAUGCUUGGAGUGUGGAAAGUGCUUCUCUCAGAAUGCCCACCUAACUGAACAUCAGAAGAUUCACACAGGGGAGAAGCCAUAUAAAUGCCUGGAGUGUGGAAAGUCCUUCUCUCAGAAUGCACACCUAACUAAACAUCAGAAGAUUCACAUUUAAUUAAUUCUUUAUUGAUAAGAUGUCCCAGCUGUUGGAACCGAUCACCAUGCUACUUAAAGAGCUCACAAACUCCAUUAAAGACAUCACAGAAACAGUUAACACAGCACUUGAGUUGGGGCUCAAGGUGGAAGAAGAAAUUAAAACCUUGCAAUCCAAUGAAGCUAUUCAAUAAAAUCAUGGAAUUAGAAAGCAAACAAUGCCAAAAUAAUUUAAAAUUCAGAGAGCUGGCUGAAUCUCCUGGAGCUAACUCUGAGUUUAUAUCUUUUAUCUCACCAUAACUUGCUUCUUUCUAUCUGGCAUAGCUCCAACCAUAACUAAAGCAUAUCGACUGGG